AUCAACAAGCUCUUAGAUCAGAGCUCAGAAGCAGAUCAUCCAUUUGUUUUGUUUUCAGUUCCUUUGAUUCCCAACUUGGUGGUGCCAUCUUCAAUGGAUGGUCCUGAGAUCCCACCCUUCUUCCUCUGCCCCAUCUCUCUGCUGAUGAUGAAGGACCCCGUCACCAUCUCCACCGGCAUAACGUUCGACAGGGAGAAUAUCCACAGAUGGCUCUUCCUCUACAAGAAGACGACCUGCCCAGUAACGAAGCAGACCCUGACGGACUGCUCCUUCAUCCCAAACUGCACCCUCCAACGCCUCAUCGACUCAUGGCGUGCCGCAAAUCCGUCCACCUCCUCCCCCGCCGAGUCCUCCUCCCUCGUGCCAUGCGCCACCAUCUCCGUCGAGGUGGCUCGUAAGCUCAUGGAAGACGCGUCCUCCCCGGAUUCAGGUUUGAAGUCCCUCAGGCGGAUUAAAUCACUGGUGAAAGAGAACAAUUCCAACAAGAAGCUGAUGGAAGAAGCAGGUCUAAUUCAGGUGGCAGCCUCUCUAGUGGUGGACAAUUACUCGCGAGGGCUGGUCAUAAGCCAAUUUGAAAACGAGAUUGGUGGGGAGGAGUCUCUGAGCGUUCUUUCUCUUCUCGACAUGACUCCAGAAAUUUCGACCAAGCUCGCCGGCAUAGGCCUGACGGAAUGUCUAUCAUGGGUGUUGCAGAGAGGAAGUUAUGUUGCUAGAGUUCAUGGUGUUACAAUUCUGAGAUCGAUGUUCAAGGUGAUGCAUCACAACUUCUUCAUGGACCUAAAGGCCGAGCUCUUCGACGGGGUGGUCGAGAUCUUGAAGGACCAGAACUCGAACCAGGCGACGAGCGCCGCGCUUUCCAUACUCAUGGAGGUGUGCCCUUGGGGCAAGAACAGGCUCAGAGCAGUAGAGGCCGGCGUUCUUCCCGUGAUUAUCGAGUUUCUAGCAGAGAACAACGAGAGAAAAAGGUGUGAAACCUUGUUGGCGGUGCUGGAAUUGCUUUGUGGUAGGGCAGAGGGAAGAGCAGCGUUUGUGAGUCAUCCCAUGGGUGUUGCUGUUGUGUCAAGGAAGAUUUUCAGGGUCUCUCAUACUGCAAACGAGAAGGCAGUGAAGGUGCUGUUGUUGGUGUCCAAGUACUCUUCAUCUCCUGAGUUGAUCCAAGAAAUGGUGGAUGUGGGUGCUGUUAUGAAGAUCUGCAUGGUUUUGCAGAUGGAGUGCCAUUUGAAGACGAAGGAGAAGGCCAGGGAGAUUCUCAGGUUGCAUGGAAGACAAUGGAAGGAAUCUCCUUGUGUUCCUUUGAAUGGAUUGUCGUCAGUUUUUAAGGCAGUUGGUGAGAUGAGUGGAUAGCUGGCUUUCCU